GUGCUCCAAGACUCUGGCCCUUGGUGCCUUUUUCCUUCUUGUGGGUUCAUCCUGCCUUGGCUCUCGGCGCCUCUCGGGCCCCCUGUCCCGUCCUCGCCUCUGUUUUCUCCGCCCAGGGAGACUCUGCAUCCCCUUUCUGUCCCCCUCACCUACGCUUUGUGUCCUUUCUCCACGGUGAGGUGUUUGUCAGACGAUUUCCCGAGAGCAUCCUCGUGGUCGCACUGGUAGUUACUCCGCUGACCCUCCGCCUCCUCCUGAGUCCCAAAUCCUGGGCGCGAGCUCUUCUGACUGGCCGGGCCCAGCCCCAGUCACACCCAGAGAGGCAGCCUCAACCCUUCUCCCUAAACCCAAGCUCCAUUCCUCUCGCGUUCCUGCCUUAACCCGUGCCCCAGAACCUUCCUUUCCUUCCCACGCGCCUAAAUUCUUCCCCUCGCGCCCAGUGAUUUGCGCGUCAGAUUUCGCAUUUCUGCAAAGGGACCGAGCGUCUGCAGAGUGUAUAUUGGCUAGAUAGUUCCCAAGGCUGUUUUUGGAGACUCCAGGGUUUUGCCUAAGGGUAAGCUGAAAAUAGAACUUCCAAAGAAACUGGCAAAACGCUAUCCAGCAUAUGAGUUAUAUCUUUAUGGAGAAGGAUCCUAUGCUGAAGAACACAAAAUUCUCCCUUUGACGGGUAUUCCAGUUCUCUUUCUUCCUGGUAAUGCUGGAAGUUAUAAACAAGUUCGUUCUAUUGGCUCCAUUGCACUUAGAAAAGCAGAGGACAUUGACUUCAAGUACCACUUUGACUUCUUUAGUGUGAACUUCAAUGAAGAACUGGUGGCACUAUAUGGUGGAAGUCUUCAGAAGCAGACCAAGUUUGUACAUGAAUGUAUUAAAACAAUUCUCAAACUCUAUAAGGGUCAAGAAUAUGCUCCAAAAAGUGUGGCGAUAAUUGGUCAUUCUAUGGGUGGCCUUGUUGCAAGAGCAUUGCUUACACUGACAAAUUUUAAGCAUGAUCUGAUAAAUCUUCUUAUUACACAAGCCACACCUCAUAUUGCUCCUGUGAUGCCAUUAGAUCGUUUCAUUACAGAUUUUUAUAUGACUGUAAACAACUAUUGGAUUCUAAACGCUCGACAAAUAAAUUUAACUACACUUUCUGUAGCUGGAGGAUUCCGGGAUUACCAAGUUCGUUCAGGAUUGACUUUUCUCCCAAAAUUAAGCCAUCAUACCAGUGCCUUAUCUGUUGUGAGUUCAGCAGUGCCUAAGACCUGGGUCUCAACAGACCACCUCUCCAUAGUGUGGUGUAAACAAUUGCAGUUGACUACGGUUCGAGCGUUCUUUGAUCUUAUUGAUGCUGAUACUAAACAGAUAACUCAAAAUUCCAAGAAGAAAUUGGCAGUUUUGACUCACCACUUUAUAAGACACCCAUCAAAACAUUUUGAGGAAAAUCCAGCUAUAAUUUCUGACUUAACAGGGACAUCUAUGUGGGUUCCAGUAAAAGUGUCCAAAUGGACCUAUGUAGCUUACAAUGAAUCUGAGAAGAUAUAUUUUACAUUUCCUCUUGAAAAUCAUAGAAAAAUCUACACUCAUGUCUAUUGUCAGAGCACUAUGCUGGAUACAAAUAGUUGGAUUUUUGGUUGCAUAAACAGCACUUCUAUGUGCCGACAAGGUGUUGAUUUAUCAUGGAAAGCUGAACUGCUGCCAACAAUUAAGUCUCUGACAUUAAGACUUCAAGACUAUCCAUCUUUGUCUCAUCUUGUUGUUUAUGUACCAUCUGUUCAUGGAAGUAAGUUUGUUGUAGAUUGUGAAUUCUUUAAAAAAGAAGCAAGAUCCCUACAACUUCCUGUAACUCAUCUUUUUUCCUUUGGAUUGUCUUCAAGGAAAGUGGUGAUAAAUACAAGUGGCCUGUACUACAAUAUAGAGCUUCUGAACUUUGGACAGAUAUACCAAGCUUUUAAAAUCAACGUGGUAAGCAAGUGCUCAGCAGUUAAAGAAGAAAUAACCAGUAUCUAUAAACUUCAUAUUCCUUGGUCUUAUGAAGAUUCACUAACCAUUGCACAGGUUCCAUCUUCCACAGAAAUUUCUGUGAAACUCCAUAUUGCUCAACCAGAAAAUGACAGCCAUGUGGCAUUAUUAAAAAUGUAUACAUCAUCAGACUGCAAGUAUGAGGUGACAGUUAAGACUUCCUUUUCACAAAUACUUGGACAGGUAGUUAGAUUUCAUGGUGGAGCUCUUCCUGCUUAUGUCGUAUCUAGUAUCCUUCUUGCUUAUGGAGGACAAUUAUAUUCUCUUUUCUCAACAGGUUGUUGCCUAGAAUAUGCUACCAUGUUGGAUAAAGAAGCCAAACCAUACAAAGUUGACCCUUUUGUAAUUAUCAUUAAGUUUCUGUUGGGGUAUAAAUGGUUUAAAGAAUUAUGGGAUGUAUUAUUGUUACCAGAAUUAGAUGCCAUCGUUUUAACUAGUCAGAGUAUGUGUUUCCCCCUGGUAUCCUUGAUUCUCUUUCUUUUUGGAACGUGUACUGCCUACUGGAGUGGCCUGCUCUCUUCUGCAUGUGUGAGACUUCUUUCUUCAUUGUGGCUUGCUUUGAAAAGACCCUCUGAACUUCCUAAAGAUAUCAAGAUGAUAUCACCAGACUUGCCUUUUUUGACAAUUGUUUUAAUCAUAGUUAGUUGGACAACUUGUGGAGCACUUGCCAUACUUCUUUCUUAUCUUUACUAUGUGUUUAAGAUUGUUCAUCUGCAAGCCAGCUUAACAACUUUUAAAAAUAACCAGCCUGUGAAUCCCAAACACUCCAGAAGAAGUGAAAAAAAAUCCAAUCACCAUAAAGACUCCUCAGUACACCACCUUCGUUUAUCUGCCAACGAUGCUGAAGAUAGCCUUCGCAUGCACAGUACUGUGAUUAACUUAUUAACAUGGAUUGUAUUACUCAGCAUGCCUUCUCUAAUUUAUUGGCUAAAGAAUCUUAGGUAUUAUUUUAAACUUAAUCCUGAUCCAUGUAAACCUUUGGCAUUUAUCCUUAUUCCAACUAUGGCAAUUCUUGGAAAUACUUACACUGUUUCAAUAAAAUCAAGUAAAUUGUUGAAGACUGCUUCACAAUUUCCACUUCCUCUGGCUGUUGGUGUGAUUGCUUUUGGGUCAGCACAUUUAUAUAGGGUUCCAUGCUUUGUCUUCAUUCCUCUUUUACUCCAUGCAUUAUGCAAUUUUAUGUAAGAUUGGACUCAAGGAAUGAUGAAGAUGAUUUAUGCAGUUAGGGCCAGUGAUAAGAGGGAACACACAGAUCCAUCAGUAUGGACAGCAAGAUCCGUUGGAGAAGACAAGUCUAUUUUUACAAUAUUGAAAAUAGGAAGUUAGUUUUGUAAUGUUUGAGGGAAGUAGUUGAAGCAUGGUUUUGUUUGGUAGUAUGGAAUCCAUGUACUAACUGUUUUUGAAAAUGUAUGAAGGGAUAUAUGGUGAUCACUGUCACUGAUGACUGCUGUGCAUAUCAGAUAGUCUGUUUCAUCAACCAUACAAGAAGUCUGAUCUUAGAGAUUUAGUAGAUGCAGCAUUGUUUAUAAUCUCACCUCAAGCAUUUUGCUCAUUUCAUCAAACUUUUUUCACAAAGGAGGCGAUUUUGAAUUUGCUAUAGUUUACCUAUUAAGAAAUAAGUCUUUGAAUAAUUGAUGAAAUGUAAUGAAAUGUACAGCUGUUUGGUUUCUCAAAGGUUAAAUAGCCACAAAAAGCCUUUGGCUAGUUUUUGGCAGCCACCAUGAACAAAGUGGAUCUUGUCUUCUUACACCUAUGAAAAUAGAGCUUUGAAUAAAUGGUAAGGAGACUUGUUUUCUUGGUAACCAUUGCAAGAUUGAUGGAUGGAAACAUGAUUCAAACUUAAACAAAUUUUCGUGCUGUUUUUCAAAUAUGAAUUUUAUUGUCUAUUCUUGGAGAAUAUCAGGAGACUAUUAAAGAGGUCUGUUAAAUUUAAAGAAAAAGUGCUCAUAGCUAUUUGCUUCCUGGAUUGGAGCAGUUCAGUUGUUUAGUCUAUACCAUUGGAUUUAAUUUAUUGCCCCAUGGUUGCCAAAAGUGCCUAAGGUAAUAAUGGAUUGUUAAAAUAACUAAGUUCCAAUGGUUAGAAACUCUAGAUUUAUACCAUUUUUUCUACUUGGGAAAAAGAACAACAUGAUCAAGGUAAUGCCACAUUUGAUGUAUAAUAUUAUACUAUUAAUGCGUUAACAGUGGACAACUUGACAACGGUGGACAACCGUCAUUAGUAGCAUGAGUAUAAACAGUACAUCUGAAUAAAUUGGAGACAUUAGCCACUAGGUUUAACAGUGGAAUCUUGAUUUGCCUAUGUGACUUUUGGGAUUACUGUUUGACAAAUAAAAGAGUAACAUUUUAUUUCAUUUCAGAAUUUACUUCACUUUUAGCUACAAGAGUAGGAAGAAGGUAAUCCAGUAAGGCAGAAGAGUAUAUUCUUUGCCUUAGGAUAGCGUAAAUUCGGACUGAGACGUACCUGGCUGACAGAAUUCUUUUAGAUGUGUAGGCUAUAAAUGCCCAAAGCCUCUCAACUAAAGAUUCCACAAAACCUCUCAUGUAAAUUUCCAGUGAUUCCACCAUUGCACUUAGGAACACACAUCCUUGUUAGUACCCAUGGAUGUCCUCAAGUGCCAGUUUCAUUUUAUCUGCUCUUGCAUCUGGAUUCCAUUAUAGCCUCUCAGCUGUUACUGCCUGUGGAUGGUUACUUCUACUUCACUGCCUGUAGAGAGUUACAUAACUUCUCUUCUCAGUUCUCCCUCAGAUCCUGGCUAUUUUGGUCUCAGUUGAAGAGGCUCUUGCUGUCACCUUUGAAGGUUGUAAGUUAGUUUGAUCCCAUUGUCGUCUUUUCCAGCUUUGUGCCUCUUGUUCAAUAUUCAUAUUUUCACUUGGUACAUUAAAGGGAAAUGAUAAACUCAUGGUGGGGAUAUGGCAGGCAUACUAGGUGCUUGUUUGUUUGAGAUAAGUAGUAGAAGGGAUAAAACACAAAGUGCUAUAUGUUUUAGCUGGAGAGGAAAGAGAGCAUUUAUUAGAUUAUAUACUUGUCCUAUGGCAUACCACAUAUAUAUUUAAAUAGGGAUACAUCUGCCUAUGUUUAGCUAUACUUAUAGACAACUUUGAUACAUGUUGCAUCUUUUGUUCUGUCACUUGAUAUUUUAGUGUAUCUCCAGUUACAGAUUAAAUAUGUCCUUUAUUUCUGAAUUUGGACUUAGUUCCGUAUACAGAAAGAACGUUAGAGAAUUCAUUAAUUUGAAUCUUCUAUUGAUAGCCAUAAACAUUAUGUUUAUGUGAUCUAAAAUCUCUUUGUUUAGUUAGUACUGUUCAUGAAUGUAACAAGUUUAAGUUUCUCAUUUGUGAUAGUACAUUUACCUUUAUUUUGAGACAGAGUCUCACUUUCGCCAGGCUGGAAUGCAGUGGUGUGAUUUCAGCUCACUGCAACCUCCGCCUCCUGGAUUCAAGUAAUUUCUCUGCCUCAGCCUCCCGAGUAGCUGGGACUACAGAUGCCUGCCACCACAACCAGCUAAUUUUUUUUUUCUUUUUUUUUUUUUAAGUAGAGACAGGGUUUCUCUGUGUUGGUCAGGCUGGUCUCCAACUCCUGACCUCGUGAUCUGCCUCCUUGGCCUCCCAAAAUGCUGGGAUUACAGGCGUGAGUGUCCAUGCCUGGCCAUACAUUUACUUUGUAAAGCAGCAGACUAGGUACACUAAUUCUCACUGAAAUAUUUUCAUGUGAAUGUAGUAUUACCAAGUCCUAAAGUCUUAUUUAUGCCAAAAAAUUCAUUUUAAGUGCUACAAAAAGGAUUCUAAUUAAACAUUUUAUAAACAAUAUUAGUUUGGGUCUUUAGCCAUUAUAUAUGUAUAUAUACAGACACAUAUGUAUACACUUACAUUUUGACAGGGUCUUCAUUGAGUCCUGAUGCACUUUAAAGUAAAUUGCUACCAGAGAUGUGAAGGUAGGCUCUUUGAAGAUUCGCAAAAUGGCUGUUUUUACUUGAGAAAAGGAAAGCCCUUUGACCUUAAAUUACACAGUUUCCAUCAUGGUUACAAUCUAUAUAUUUGGCUAGUAAAACAGCACUACCCUAUUAGCAAUGUUAAUAAAAAUGAAAUUAUUUAUUGGCAUUUAUAGAUUAUCCGGUUCAGGAAAUUUCCUGAGGUCAACUGUUACCGCAGCUGUUAAUGGCUUUCUAAUUUAGCAAUUAUUGAGUUGCGAGUAAAUUUUGUGCUUAUAAAAUAACUCCUAGACCCUAUUGUUAAUAACCAGAUCAAAUAUAAACAGUACAGGGAAAAACACUGGAUACAUUCAGUGUUUCUAAAGUCUCCUUUGGAGUUACUACUGAUUGUAAUUUGGAACUGAUAAUAGGUAGAGAUUGUUUACACUACUUUUUUCCUGGAUCUUUUUUAUGCCAGAAAUUAAACAGGUUCUGCUUUUUUUUCCUAGUUAUCACCAGAAUGAAAAUAUUUAAAGUGGUGACUCUAGAAAAGCCAUUAGUCCCUGGUUAACACUGAUUUUGAGUCUUUUCAACAUAUAUUGAUCAUGUAUUGAUUAGUCUUUAUUUUUUUCAUACUUUGGCUAAACAAAUUCAGAUCUACAUAAUGGAAUACCCCUUCUUGAGUGAGCUGUACUAAUAUCUACAUGAUUAUAGUAAGGAAAAAAGAAAUAACUGUUAUAGGCAUAGUAAAUGUUGUUGGUUUUCUUGUCACUCAUGUGAUACACAUUUCCACAGUACACACAAACUUAUAUGAAGCAGAUUAUUUGUUUUGUUCAUUAUUUAGUUCCUAUAUGAUUUUUCUUUAGAAACCGAGUCUCAUUCUGUCACCCAGGCUGGAGUGCAAUGGGGCAGUCAUAGCUCACUGCAGCCUUGAACUCCUUGGCUCAUGUGAUCCUCCCAUCUCAGCCUCCCAGAGCAAGUUAGAACUACAGGUACAUGCUACUGUGCCUGACUAAUUUUUUUGUAGAGAUCAGGUUUCAGUUUGUUGCCCAGGCUGAUCUUGAUCUCCUGGUUUCAAGUGAUCCUUCCACCUUGGCCUCCCAAAGUAUUGAGAUUACAGGCAUGAGCAUCUGGCCUAGUUCGUAUACUUUUCUUAAUUCUUCAGACUUCUCACAUCUAGCAUAGGGCAUUCAUUUCACCUUGCUGUUUAUUAGCACCUUUUGUGGAAGGUGACUAAGAGAAAUAAAAGGUGGUAAAAUUCAGUUUUCAGUUUAGUUCUUGAAAGUUCUGGGAAAUGGAGGAAACACAAAACUAUGAAAUAAACUAGGGCUGUCGAUUUCUGAACCCCCCCAGAUAAAUGAGUUGGCCCACAUGUUCAUUUUGGGUAUUAGGUUCAAAUUAGUAUAUAGUCUUGCAUUAUUAUUAGGUUUAGUGUGAAACUUUACAGUGCUACAUUUGAAGUUUUAGUAACUGAUUAUUAAAAUCAUUUGGGAAAAAUAAAAAUGUGUUGAGACUUUCUGUGACUAGGCAUUUGUUGUUUAUUUUUCAUGAUCGCUUUUUGUUUUCUCAUUGUGUAGGAUUUGUGAACUUGUAUAUCAUAGGAAACAAAUAUUUUGUAAAAUUUAUUGGGAAAAAUCCAUUUGGAAUGCAUGACACUUGCCAGGUUAAGAAAGCAGUAAUACUACAUUUGUAUUAUAAAAUUAGACCCUGCCAGAAAGCUUAUUUUUCUAGUAAGGUCUGUAUAGAAGGGACUUUCAAAACGUAAAUUGAUUAGGAGCCAAAAUUUUAUCCCAGUUUUUUGACCUAAGAAUGUUUUAAAUUAUGUAAUGAACUUUUAUGUGUACACAUUACUCAUGCAUUUUUUCACAAUGUGUUUAAUUGCCUGAGGAAAUGGGAAAGCUGUGAAACUACUCCCAUUCUUUACUUUUAAUAAGAAAAAUAGGAAAGAAAAGUCAGGUCAGCAGUCCAAAUCCAAAUGUGUGUACUGUAACUGCUUAAGAAUUAACUUUUUUUAAAUAAAUUGUAUAGAGUACAGAAGAACAUAUGAAUUUAUUAUGUUAAUGACUUAGUUUUGACAACAGAAUAAAAUUUGGAAAUUGUGAAAAUAAUCAAGCUGUUUUUCCAUUAAUAGUGAAAAUUCUUAACAUGUCUUUCAAAAGUUAGGUGAUAUUCUAAGCCGUCUUAAUUGUCCAUGGUUGAUAAUUUUUAAAUCAAGUGCAGUACUUUCUGAAAGUGUUUGGCGUGUUUUGCUGCCAAAGCCAUCUGUGUUUUGAAAUACCAAGUAACCAGUUAAUUUCUGAAGACUUUGUAUAGGACUUGAUAUAUGAGUCAGUAUCUGUCUGUAUUUGUUCUGUGCAUUGUAACUUUGAACACUUAUGAAAAACUGUAUCUGUUGGUGUAUUUUGAUUAGUGUAGAUUUGUUUGCAUAUUUGGAUUCUGAUUUUAAUUUAGGAGGUCUAAAAGUAGCCAUUUUUGUAAAGUUCAUAUGCUAUUUUAUAAUGUCAUUUUGGUUUUUAAUAUUUAUAUAAUAGUAAUGUUACUAGUAAAAAUGUUUAUAGACAACACAUAGAGCUAUUAACUGUUCAAAAGCCUACAUGAUAGGCAUAUUUUGUAUUUCAUGUUGCACUUGUUCUGUUUCAUAUUGGACUUCUUACAUCCCUUUUUUAGGUAAAAAAAAGAGACAUUGAAUUCUCUUUAGCAUAAAGCUGUGCAUUGGAAAUUAUAUGACUAUCCAUAUGGUUAGCAAAAUACUCUUUGCCACCAAAGCUAAACGAAACUGUAAAAUACCUCUGGAUAUUUGUGCCAAUGAACUUUUCUUAGUAUAUUGGGAUUAAAGCAAAAAUAAUAUUUUCAGUAUGUUUAAUCUAGGACUUACAAUAAAUGUUUGAACCAUGAAAACUUA